AUGAUGGUACCCUUCCCGUCUCAUGUGCUCAGGCUGUACUACCUCCAGAUGGGCUGGGAUGAGCACAACCACUACGCCAAUCUGACCAGGUCGAGUCGGGCCAUCCUCGAUUUCGCGAUACCAGCCCAAUUUGGCAUCACCAUCAGCAAAGCUCCGCUCCGUCAGUUCUCGACGUCUGCAGCAUUGACCGCGCCCUCCCUGCGUGGCUCGCUUGCUUAUCUCUUCAUCCAGCCUGGCAUAGACAUCGGGCAAAGCGGGAUAGAGAACCUCAAAGAGCUUGGCGAACGCUUCAGAGUGCCUCCUCUCCCGAGCCGGCCAGUGAUGAACAGCGGCAGAGGCGAAUAUUUCCUAUACGGUAAGAUGCACUUGCCCACCAAUCGGCUCGACGCGCUCUAUCUGCAUCGUCUCUCGCCGACCGUGCUGCUCAUGAGCACCCUCGUCUCCAUGCCUCCAUCGCUCGCGUCUCGUGCCAUUCCUCUGCCAGACCAUGAUCCGCCGCCGUCCUCAGUCAGCAAGGUCAAGGGUCAGAUCGACACAAAUCUCGUCCUCUGCCUUCAGCAAGAUCGCGGCAGAUGGAGCUCAGAGUACAGCUACAGCGCCGCCGAUGGCCUCGUCGGUGCUCGCUUCCUACACAAUCUCGCCAUCUCGCGCAAACACGCCGUGCCCAUUCGACCGCGGCGGAUCGACGAAGAUGUCGAUUCGGAUGUCUCAGACACCGCCCUUCGUGGUCGCUUCUCGCUCGGCGCAGAGGUCUUCUUCUCUGCUCAAGAGAAGUCUGCUGGUGUCUCGACGGGCGUCAGGUUUAGCACCUUGCCAGAUGAGCCAAGUCAGCCACCUACCGUCAUCACUGCAACAUUCAAUCCGAUCAUGGGCCACAUCUCUGCUGCCUACGGCGCCAGGGCUAGCCCCGACCUCGCGCUGUGCUCAAAAUUCGAUUUUAACAUAUACUCGUACGAUUCCAACGUCACUAUGGGCGCAGAGUGGUGGCACAGACGGAGGAGGAUGCUGCGUUCUGCGAGCACAACGGACAAGACUGGUUUCGUGCAAUCAUUCUGGCGAGCUGCCGACCAAGGCGAGGUCAUCGGCUGCCUGAAAGCACGUGCCUCUACCACGUCUGACGUUGCCUUGCUCUGGGAAUCUCGACUACACAAUUGCUUGAUUGGCUUUGGCGUCAAAGCUGACUUGACCAGUCGUGCAAGACCUAUCAAAGCAGUCGGCCUUGAUCUCAAAUUCUUCUCGAGUGAUUGA